GGGCACCUUCAUGUUCAAGGAUGACAAGGACAACAUCGUCCCCACUGAAUACUUAUUCAGCUCCUCGCUGUAACAGGGUAAUUUGGUAACCUCAAGGAUUUAAAUAAUUAAUAUGAAAUGGCACAAAAGAAACGUAAGGUUUUUCUGUCUCUCCGUUUCUUUAGGAAACUCCCUUUAAACCAAAAUCUGAUACAGAAAAGAAGUUUGAAUUUUGAAACCCAGAUGCAAAAAACAUUGGAAGGGAAAGAUCAAGAUGAAGAAGAAGAAGAAGGAGAUCGGGGUUUAGCCAUAUGGGAUUGUGGCAGCCCUCUGUAUGACUCUUAUGAAUUGGUUACACUUGGUCAUAUCAUCGAUCGUCAUCUGAUGGCAUUGCCACAUGUCGGCGGAUCAAAGCGUCUCAGCGCCCCAUUCCCUCACGCAAACAACGUUGUCGUCACCUCGAUCGUAUCGAGCCCCCCCGGAGGAAGUUUCAGAGGGUCUUCCAUGGUGGGCAGAGUGAAGGAAUUUGCUGUGAUCAGGAAGAUGUGGAAGAGGAAGGUGGUGACAAUACGACGAUGGAAGGAAACGAAAACAUGGCUUUCUGCCCUUCGUAAAAGGAUUGGUUUGUGGAGGAAAUAGAAACACAUAUCAUAUGAUCAAUGGAACAGGUAAUCAUGAUAUAUCAGUACGUAUAUGGAAAUCAUGAUGAUUUAUUGUAUAAUUCGGAUUUUUUUUUUUUUUUUUUUUC